GUGGCAUUUCUUCGUGUUACCCCGCGCGAACUCUAGCGGAGACCCGUAGUUGGCGAGCUCAGGCGGGGACCAUGCUGACUCGGCUGAAAGCACAAUCAGAGGGGAAGCUUGCCAAACAGCUAUGCAGAGUUGUGUUGGAUCAGUUUGACAAACAGUAUUCGAGAGAACUUGGGGAUUCCUGGAGUACAGUAAGGGAUAUUCUGAUAUCUCCAUCACUAUGGCAAUAUGCCAUCCUCUUCAACCGAUUCAAUUAUCCCUUUGAACUGGAAAAGGCCUUGCAUCUGAGGGGCUAUCACACAGUCCUUCAAGGGGCUUUACCACAUUAUCCUAAAUCAAUGAAGUGUUACCUCAGCCGAACCCCAGACCGAAUGCCUUCAGAAAGACAUCAGACUGGAAGCUUGAAAAAGUACUACCUCCUUAAUGCUGCUUCUCUUCUCCCAGUACUGGCUCUGGAACUGAGCGACGGGGAGGCAGUCCUGGACUUGUGUGCUGCUCCUGGAGGCAAAUCCAUAGCUCUGCUGCAAUGUGCUUAUCCAGGUUAUCUUCUCUGUAACGAGUAUGAUCGCCCGAGAGGAAGAUGGCUGAGACAGACGUUGGAAUCUUUCAUCCCACAGCCUUUGAUAAAUGUAAUUAAAGUGUCUGAAUUGGAUGGCAGAGAAAUGGGAGAUGCCCAGCCUGCAGCGUUUGACAAGGUGUUAGUUGACGCUCCAUGUUCAAAUGAUCGAAGCUGGCUGUUCUCGUCGGACUCUCAGAAAGCUGCCUAUAGGAUCCAUCAAAGGAAGAAUUUACCUGUCCUACAAGUAGAACUCGUAAGGUCUGCAAUGAAAGCCUUACGCCCCGGAGGGCUCCUCGUGUACUCUACAUGCACGCUUUCCAAGGCUGAAAAUCAAGAUGUGAUCAGCGAGAUCUUAACUUCUGACAGUAACAUCGUACCUGUGGAUAUUAGUGGGAUAGCAAGAACUUUCUCCCAAGACUUCACAUUUGCCCCCACUGACCAAAAAUGCAGCCUUUUGGUGAUUCCUGAAAAGGGCAAAGCUUGGGGCCCAAUGUAUAUAGCCAAACUGAAAAAAGAGAUGAGUACAAGAAAAAAGCAAGGCGAAUUUUAUAAGCCAUGCUGAUGUGUUAUUGAAUGCAUAUUUUCUGAGCUCACCACAUGUUAGUUGUUAGGUGUAGCUCUUUGCUACUCUGCCUUAGUUCCAGGAAUGGACCGAGCUACCACCUCCCACCCAGCUUCCUUUGAAUCCACGCACGCACACACACACACACACACACACACACACAAACACACACAUGGCUAUUCCUUUUCAACUUACCUUCUUGGCACAAUUGCUGCGUGCUGUUAUCUCCCGCCUGGAGAAGCAUGCCCUUAUCAGUAUUCUUAGUCCACAUCUCCCACCCACCCUAAACUUUAGUUGCUAAACUCCCCUGACCACCCGUCUAUAAGAGCAGCUUGUAUGGCCACUCCAUUUUGAGAUCUCACAUGGCUGGACAACUUUUCUCCAUCAGAAGACCAGCAAACUCUGUCUCUCCUUCCUUGUGUCUGUCUUUUUUCCUCCAGGGACCUAGAAGUUUCACUUAUUCCUUCCACCCAACAAUUGGCCCAUGGCUUCUUUACUGACAGAUCAAGAACCAAUUGAGGAACAGGAUAGCAUCAGAACCACCCCUACAGUUAGUAUUUAAAUACUUACAGAGCCACUUUCCCUAGGGCCAUUUGGAUCCUGUUUCGUUAGUAUUUCAGCCUCAAUGAGCAUAGGAUUAAGAAAUUUCCAGGUAUAAUUUUGCUCCUUGAAAUAUAUGUAUAGUGAUGAUUUAAAGUAGGACAGAUGGUGUUGGAUCUGUAUAAUAAUUUUUUGUCUUUUAAUUGGGAUUUUAUAGAUAAAUUAGAAUACUGAGUUCUGUGCAUAAAAUGUUUAGGACCGUAUUCUAUAACAUGAGUGUUUUAAAUCUUUCCAUUAAAAAUGUGUAUUUGUCAACACUUUUACUGUUGCCUCAUCAAUUCUGCAGAAUCUUUUAGUAGGAAUAAUUGGUAUUUGAAGGCUAACUUCUUAAGCAGCACAAUUUCUAGUUCUAGCAAAAUAGGUUUCUUGUUUGCAGAGUUGUUUUGUGUUAAGUUAAGGACUGUCUUCUGUUUACUGCAAAGGGCAGUGACUCUGUUGACACCAGCUUGAUUUCUCCCCAUUUGCUUUGAUUCACAAAUACAAACGGAAAGGGUAAAUUAUGUUCAAAGGCCUUCAGAACAGCAGAUUCACACACACGCACGCAUUUGACUUUCGACAUUCAGCUUGUAGAAUAAUGGAGUCUAUCCAGCCGGCUAUAAAGCAAGCACUUGAAACAAAACCAGAAUGAUUAAUAACGGCAAUAACUGAACUAUAUUUGGAGUGUUUUGUUACAUAAUUGCAGUCAUAAUGAGUACUACAGAAUCUGAUUAUCUUACAGUUGCAAUCUGCAGUGGCUUUUUAUUUCACUUGCUUAUAAAAUGUUAUCUGAGAGUGUGAUGUCACAUAUUAAUAUAGAAGAUGCCUAAUAAGAGUCAAUUCUUCAUUACCAAGACCCCAAGCCAUUCAGAGUGGUCUCUACUUACACAUAUCCCAAGAAUUUUGUGUGUACUUCUAUAUUUAUACUUAGGAUUUUUUAUAAUCAAUUUUCAAUCAAAAUUUUUUCUUUAGAAAUGCUUCAGUUGGAUCCAAACAUUUUUCCAACUAUUAAGAAAAAUCACAGUGGCAGACAUGGCGCUGCACACCUGUAAUCACAGCAUUUUGGGGUCAAGGUGGAAGAAUUACAAAUUCAAGUCAGCCUUGGCUGUCUAGCAAGACCCUCCUCAAGGAUGAUGUAGGGAGGAGAGAGGGAAGGGGGGGAAGGCUAGAGCAGGAGAGAAAAUCACAAAGCAUACUUGAAAUUGGAAAUUAGCUUUGUAUUUUCAUUAAGAUUUAUUUAUUUUUAUCUUAUUUUAUAUGUAUAAAUGUCUUGGCAACAUGUAUGUCUGUGUACCAUGUGCAUACCUGUUGCAUAGGGAAGUCAGAACUAGACAUCAGAUCCUCCAGAACUGAGAUAUAUAGAUGGUUUUGAACCACCAUAUAGGUGCUUGGAAUCAAACCCUGGUCUUCUGUAUAAGCAACAAGUGCUGUUAACUGCUGAGCUAUCUCUCAAGCCCAAAAGUAGCUUAAAAAAAAAUCACCUGUGGAAGCACAAAAUUCCAUGGAUUCAGAGUGGGAGUGUUUUGUUCUAGUCAUUAAGCUAGUCAGUACAUACUUUUUGUUUUGCACAUCUGUGUAACUGGAGUCAAAUGAAUGACAGUCUAGGAAAAAUCAUCUUCCUACCUUUGUUCAUGACAAUAUCUUAAAAUAUAUCUGGCCAGUGUGUUUAUAGUAAAUGUUUAUCUCUUGGGCCUAUCUAAUGUAUUCAGUUAAUACAGAAGAUUAAUGAUAGAAAAAGGGUUUUGUUUGUUUGUUUGUUUUGUUUUAGUUGGAAGUAGUAUUUGUAUUUCUGUUUGAAUUCCUGUCUUUGGAUUCUGUAGUUUUAAAAGUGUGUUUGUAUAAGUGAACCACAAUGUAAAGCUUCACAGUAUACACACAGUUGUGUGUGUUGAAUGUCAUUAUUUUUCCAGUAUCAUGUCAUGAUACUUCAAAUGAACACUAGGUUUGGUAUUGGACUUGAUUAUCUUGAGAUUGAUGAAAAUAUAUGUCUUAAUACAUAUAUUCAUCGACUUUAUUUUUAAGAUGAUUGUUACAAAACAGCAAACAUUUAUUGAGCAUUAAAUGCUUGAUUGAAGUCU